GGGAAUAUGUAAGCUUCGGUGAUAGAAGUGUGGCUGCUCAUGCGCUUUACGGCAACCAUUCGAGAGCCUGCUAGGAUGGAAAGCGGAAAAAGAAUCUCACUCUCUUACAGAGGCACACUAACUCAGCAUCCCACUAGCUGGGAUGUAGUAGCAAUAGCAACAGUAUUCUACCGAAAGAGACGAGAAAGCUAGAGGAGAUUCAUCUAACGAAAAAACUCUCAAAACCCGAAUGUUUUGCUGUGGCGGUAAGAUCCAACACCGCUACCGUUAGCAGGGUGUGGAGCAUGGAUCUUUAAUUUUUUUUUGCAUUUCCGUGACGCUUUUUGCUCACCCCCGAAGCCACAACGACAUCGCAAACCGACAUCCCGACUGGUGCGCCUCUAGCGGGCGACUCGGAGAGCAAAACGUCAAUCGCCGAACGAAGAAAACGUCUGCGGACGUGUGUGUGCUUACCGUAUUCUUUCCAAUUUUACCACCGAAUUGACGUAUUUACCACCAUGGCUGGCUGGCCAUCGUGUUCCGGUGCGAUAGUGUUAGCAUAAAUUCGCGCCUACCUACUCCAUUUGCGUGCGUGCCUUACGGAAACGGAUCCGGAAUUUCUUCUACAGCAUCCCACUGACUGCUACUGCUGCUGCACAGCAUCCCUGCUAGGUGCUGUAUUUAUUUCUUCUGCCACCAGCUGUCAAAAAGGACGAAAACGCGCCCGUGUGUGUUUGUGUGUGUGUUUCGGUGUUGUUUGUGUGUGCACGAUUACAACGCGCGUCGUGCAAGCUGACAGAUGAACCGACACCAAAGCAUCGUCCAUUUAAGAAGAAUCUUGUGAUUCCCUUCCGUCAAGGAUGCCAGUACUGACCUGCCGGUGUUCGCAUGUGCUCGAUGAAACGGUGCGUAAUAUAGUGCGGUGUGGCUAGUGACUGUGGCAAAACCGAUGCUAUGUUUCGCCGGGCAUUCAUUUCCCCGUCGGUGGCCUGGUAGAGACUACUAAUCCGCAACAUUGACGGAUGCGUGAGUGUUAGGAGCGGUUCGUUGUUCCGCACCUCGAUUGACAGAUAAUCAGUGUAUCGUUCGAUAUCGAACAGGCAGAAAGAAACUCGCAAAAAAGGGCUCGAAAGCCGGUUCUACUAUAGACCGCACACAAACACACACAGAAACAAAGCAUAAUGGGACGAAUUCCCUGCUUCCGGCACACGCUGGCGGACCGGUGGAUGACGAUCGGAAUAGUUUUGCUAUGCAUGGUCAUCGGUAGUGUGUGGGCCAAUCCGGAUGCCAAACGGCUGUACGAUGAUCUGCUGAGUAAUUACAAUCGGCUGAUAAGACCUGUCAGCAACAACACCGACACGGUGUUGGUAAAGCUGGGAUUACGAUUGUCACAGCUGAUCGAUCUGAACUUGAAAGAUCAAAUCCUGACGACUAAUAUUUGGCUGGAGCAUGAAUGGCAAGAUCACAAAUUCAAGUGGGAUCCUGCAGAGUACGGUGGCGUCACCGAGCUGUACGUGCCUUCCGAACACAUCUGGCUGCCGGAUAUUGUGCUUUACAACAAUGCGGAUGGAGAGUACGUGGUAACAACGCUAACGAAAGCCAUCCUUCAUUAUACCGGAAAAGUCAUCUGGACCCCACCAGCGAUUUUCAAAUCAUCGUGCGAAAUCGAUGUGCGUUACUUCCCAUUCGAUCAGCAGACUUGCUUCAUGAAAUUUGGAUCAUGGACGUACGACGGCAACCAGAUUGACCUGAAGCAUAAAAAUCAACUGAACAACAGCGACAACAUGGUGAAGAUUGGAAUCGAUUUACGCGAGUACUAUCCCAGCGUGGAAUGGGACAUUCUUGGCGUACCGGCAGAGCGCCACGAGAAAUACUACCCAUGCUGUGCCGAACCGUACCCAGACAUUUUCUUCAACAUCACAUUACGACGCAAGACACUGUUCUACACGGUGAACCUGAUCAUACCGUGUGUCGGCAUCUCGUACCUAUCCGUGCUGGUCUUCUAUCUGCCGGCCGAUUCGGGUGAAAAAAUUGCAUUAUGCAUCAGCAUCCUACUGUCGCAAACCAUGUUCUUCCUGCUGAUAUCGGAAAUCAUCCCGUCGACCUCGUUGGCACUACCGCUGCUCGGCAAGUAUCUGCUCUUCACCAUGAUACUGGUCGGGCUGAGCGUCGUGAUCACCAUCAUUAUCCUCAACAUACACUACCGGAAGCCGAGCACUCACAAGAUGGCACCCUGGGUCCGGAAGUUCUUCAUACUGCGCCUGCCCAAGCUGCUACUGAUGCGAGUCCCGAACGAUUUGCUCAAGGAGCUGGCAGCAAACAAGAUUAACUAUGGUAUAAAAAUCAGCAAGAGUAAAUUUGGUGCUGCCCUGGCCGCCCACUCGCAAAUGCAACCCAACUCCGGUGGUUCCAGCCCGGACUCGAUACGGCACAUGCAGGGACGACCAGGUGGAUGCAACGGACUACACUCAACGACAGCCACUAAUCGGUUCAGCGGGCUGGUCGGUGCGUUGGGCGGUGGGCUCAGUGGGCUGGGUGGCUACAAUGGGCUGCCCUCGGUAAUGUCCGGACUGGAUGAGUCGCUCAGUGACGUCGCACCGAGAAAGAAGUAUCCGUUCGAGCUGGAGAAAGCCAUCCACAAUGUGAUGUUCAUACAGCAUCACAUGCAACGGCAGGAUGAGUUUAAUGCGGAAGACCAAGACUGGGGCUUUGUGGCGAUGGUUUUGGAUCGUUUGUUUUUAUGGUUAUUCACGAUAGCGUCGUUAUUCGGCACAUUUGCGAUCCUGUGCGAGGCCCCAUCGCUCUACGAUGACACCAAACCGAUUGACAUCGAGUACUCCAUUAUCGCCCAGAAGCUGUUCAAUCUUACCGUCAAGGAUACGCGCUCCUAAGGGAUGGUGCGUUCACCACGUGUUCCGCGCGACUGUGGCUUCGCACCCAGGGUUUAACGGGCGAUUGAUUUUAAUUUUUUAAAACUUCAACACACAGACACAAAUAUUUAUACUACACUCUACCAGUUUCGGUUACGAGAAAGAUACUAUUUUUUUGUGUUUUGUUUUGUUUUGGUUUCUCAUCAUAAAACCAUCAGCAGCGGCCAAGAAAACGGUCGUGGGUAAAAUAAACUCACUGGCGAAUGAAUGUGCGUCCGAGGCGACCAGACCAGAUCCAUGCUGUCUGUGGUCACUGUUUCGGUGUAAUUUAAAUGGUCGUUGCAUUUUAGUGUGCCGUUUCUAUCUCGUCGCGUUCCAACGAUUAAAUGUGUUCGGUCGCUGCUUCCAAGCGUACAUAGUUUCGUUUUCGUCAGACUAGACAGGCACCGGAACCGUACGAGAUGCUAAACUACGCAAAACAAUAGCUUUUGGGUGGUGUUGAUUUACGAAUGAUCUCUUGUUUGUGUGCCAAUUCGACGAUCUGCGUUACUUGUUAGUGGAUGGAAAGCCAAAAAGCGAUACAAAAGCGAUCAUGAGAUACAAGCCAAAUUAGAUGUAGCGCACGACAAAAAAAAACUUCUUCCUUUCAAUCGUUAAGAACUUUUUCAUACAAAACACGGCAUCCACAUCUUUCGGUUGAGUUGUUCUAAUGUAACUUAGUAAGAGGUAUUUAGACAACGUCCAGGAGUUUUCAAUCUGUUUCCUAUAAGGUUAGUGAUCGAAAACAAAAUUCUUUUCAAGCGAUAAAAGUAUGGAGUGUCAAAAGCAUGCGACAUUUGUAUUAAGUUUUAUCUCUCUAAUAAAGCCAGAAGUGUCAGAACAAAAACGGGCAAUCUUCGCAUGCACGCUAAUUACCCUUAGAAAGACUAGAUGGAACUGUAUUUUUCUAUUCGCCCGUUGGUAGACUUUCGCGCAUUUCUGCAAGGCAUGAAACACAAAGUUGCUUCCAAGGAAUCCCCAAAAACAUAAAAGUUAAACCAACCUCAACCUCCUUAUUCUGGGAACUGCAACAAAAAACAUAAAACACUCCAAACCGACCCCGUUUUCCGCUAGAUUCUUUGUUUUUCCCCCAAAACAAAACACAACAUAAAAGACUCCGUAUGAAAUCAGUAAACAAAGUGUGUCAACUAAAGCAAAUACAAUUAUUGGAAACAAGAUUAACAUUCAACUAAAGAUACUAAAUGUAAGCUAAACAAUACAAACACAUGGUAUGAGGAGGAAGAAAAGACGAACAGGAAGUUCUAGAAGGAUUAUUAACAUUGCAGCAGAAAAGGUUGGAAAUUGAUUUUCAAGGGGUGAAACAAAGUAAGAUAAAGCAGAAAAUAAGGAGAAGAUGAAUCAGAGUAGAGUAGCACGGUGUAGCAGAUGGGGAGCAUCUCUCUGUUACAUCGAAUGCGUUUUAACUUACCCAAAAUCGAUCAUCAAACAAACACACGUGCGUGCGCAAAAAAUCAGUACUAGUGAGAACAAUGUUUUGUAGCGUGUUUGUUCUGAUUUUUUUGUUCUUUUGCUACAACUAGUGUAAUACAAAGAGAAAAGAGAAGCGAAACCAAAAAAAAACAUGAAAAAAAUAUACGACUAAAUAACAAUAAAGAACGCACACACAUACUGAGGAAGAAUAAAAAAGAGUUACACAUCAUCCGCACCUACACACCAA